AUGUCUAUCAAGACGUGUGAUCCAUGCGUUGAGCGUCUGCAGAGAGUCUCCAUUCAGAGCCCCUGCACUACUCCGACAUGCUCUGAGGGCUGCUCUCGACUACCUCAUUUGAAUCCACCCAAAGAGGAGCGGGUUCUGGCUCCGGCGUCUGCUCUGGUCUCGCCAAGGAAUGCGAUAUCUGGCCUAUGCAGAUCAUUUGGUGUUCGAGUUCGUCUUCGAGACACAUUUCUUCAGUUCGAAGACGCUACUCAAGAUUCUGCUGAGAUUAUAGGUAGAACAGACAAAUGCUCCGGAUUGAUUCGAGCUGCUUCCGACCCUGAUGUUCGCGGUCUCGAGCAUAAGCGGUGGUUCGUACCUGACGGUCACCGCUGGACAACAAAAGCCGAAGAGCUGUCCGUUGAAGAGAAAGACAAGGCAGGCUCGAGCCAUCAUCUGUUCUCGACACCCAUCGAAAUGGUCUUCGACUCCCUAACGACGGAGGAUUUGUUCGAGGGCGAUGAUUAUUCUCCCAGUGAGCAGACUCCAACUGCGAUGGUAGACUCGUCUGCUUUGAACGUCUACCGCGAGAGGGAAGAGAACUAUGGAAAGGUUUCUGCUAAUGGUCCACGAGAGCACGGAUGUGGUUCACGACCGGUCUCAGUGCACGAGGGCGGCCAGAAAAAUAAAUCAGGGAUAUCACUCGGCGCCAAAGACGAUGUCGAGAUGACAACUGUUAUGAUUCGAAAUUUUCCCCGUCAUCUUUCGCAGCAAGAUAUUAUUGACACAAUUUUGCUCCCCAGGGGACUCAUUCCUGGUGAAGAUUUCGAUUUCUUCUAUUCGCCUAUGAAUUUCCGAACAUUGCAGAAUGCUGGCUACUGCUUUGUCAACUUCUGUCACUCCGCCAAGGCUCAGCGAUACGUCGAGUUUCCCAACGAACACAAUCUAGAAUGGACAGUAUGCUGGGCACGGGUACAGGGUCUAAGUGCUAACUGGAAUCACUACAAGGACUCUCCCGUAGUUCAGAUGCCGGAGGAGUACAGACCCAAAUGGUUCGCAGAAGACGGUCAACUGUUGGACUUCUGCGAUGUUGAGAGCGCAGAUAAUGGUCGAGAAGGCUUCUCCUCACAGGAAUGCCCCGCUCCUCGGUUUAUUCCGCAUCAACGUGAUGACAACGAACCUGGCUCUCCUGACCAGCUUUCGGGUUCCGAAGGCGAACUGCGGUGGUCGCAUAAGGUGUUUGUUGGCGGACUCGAUGCAAAAACGAAGGCAAGAGAUUUACUAUCAUAUUUUUCUCAAUUUGGGGAUGUCAUUGACUGUGUGGUGAAGAGCAAUACCACAACUGGAUCGUCCCGCGGUUUCGGCUUCUGCACCUUCAUCUCCCCCGAGGGCUAUUCUAACUGUCUCAUGCGUCAAUCUUGCCACCAAAUACGAGGAAGGAAUAUUUCUGUUCAGCCCUACUCUCGAAAGCGCGGAAUCCGUCGUCACUCGUGA